AAGAUUAUUAAAAAUAAAUUAUAAUAAGUAAAACUAUUUAAUGCUCGGAUAUAUUAAAUAUAAUCACAAAAUAAAUUAAUACAAUAAAACCAAAUUAAUGAAAAAGAUAAUUGAUUAAUAAAGUAAAAGGAAUUAAUUAAGGUAUAAUUUGUACAAAGAAUAUUUUAUUAUAAACUUUUCUAAAAAUGAAUAACACACUACACAAAAACUUAUCUCUAAUUAAAGAUGAAUUUAAAUUAAAUUAUCAUAAAAAAACUGGUAUUUAUCAAUUAGUUAAUUUAAUAAACAAUAAUACAUAUGUUGGAAGUUCAGUUGACUUAAAUCGAAGAUUUACUGAAUAUUUAAAUCCUUUAUAUUUAUCUAGAAAUCUUAAAAAGGGUAAUAGUGCAAUAAUUAAUGCUCUUUUUAAAUAUGGUUAUACUAAUUUUGGAAUUAGAAUUUUAGAAACCAUUGAAUUUGAGCCUAAUCAAUCUAAAUCUGAAAGAAAAAGCAUUAUUUUAACUAAAGAACAAUGUUUUUUAGAUCUAAUUAAACCUGAAUACAAUAUUAAUAAAACAGCUGGAAGCAAUUUUGGAAGAAUUUACUCUGAUGAUGUAAGAAUCAAAAUGAGUUUAGCUAAAAUUGGUAAAGUUGGAAAUAAAAAAGGUGCCAUUUUAUCUGAAGAAUCUCGAGCUUUAUUUAGAGAAAAAAGUGGAAUGGCCUCAAGUAUCACUAUGUUAAAUGAAAAUAGAGAGGUAUUAAGUGUAUUUAAUUCUAUUCAAAUAGCUUCUGAAAUCACAGGAAUUUCUAGAAAUAGAAUAAGUCGAUGUGCCAGAGGUAUUCGAAACAAAAUAGUAGAAAAAGGAAAUAUUUAUAUAUUUGAGUAUACUAAAAAAGAAUAAUUUUAUUAGUUUUAUUUUAUUAUUAGCUAAUUUUUAUAAUCUUAAAACAAACUUUUGUCGCUUAAAUUAGAAAUAAUUUAUUGUAAAUUGGGUUAAUUUCAAGAAAAUCUCUGGUUAUAUUUAAUAGAGAAUACCUGAAGCGAAGCUAGUUUUACAUAACAUCAAAAUAUAAAACUAGAACGUUCAACGACUAGUAGGUGAGUCUUUAACAAUAAUCCUGCCACGAAUGCCCCACAAUUAAUUGUUAAUUAAUCUUAAUAACUAAUUGAUGAUAUAGUCUGAACCAUUUUGUGAAAAUUGGAAGCUUUGAUUUUAAAAAAUCAAGCAAUAACAUAAUUGAAAAGUUACGCUAGGGAUAACCUUGUUGUCCCUUAAUCAAUAAGAUUAAAAAAAACCGAGUGAAAUGCAAAAAUUGCUUAAUUUUGCCUCCAAAUGUUAACAGAUUGUUUGGUAAAAUAGGAGGCUCUUAAGUCAAUUUGCAGCAAAGCUUAUCUUAGCAUUUUUAAAUUUAUUUAAAUAAUUAGAUAAGAAUGUUCAACGACUAGAAAGUGAGUUAUGCUAACAAUAAUCUUUCCACGAGUGCUCGGCAUCUAAAAUUAUUAUUAAUAUACUAUAUGGUAUUAUGCCAUUUUAAGUGUUCCCUAAAGAAUUUAUUUUCAAUCACCGCCUAAUGUUUUAACCAUUUAUAUAACUAAAAAUUUUUAAACAAAUUUAAAUAAGCUAUCAAAAAGGCCCCAAACAAAAGGGGUGAGGGGAGGCUUUAAUGCAUAGAAAUUAAAAUAUUUUAAGCUAAAAAGAAAUUAUAUUUUAGAUAGGAUACUG